CCAAGCGCUUUGCAGGCGCUUUGCUCGGGCCACGAUCGACUGGUUGGCGAGUAGACAUCUGCGUGGUGAUCGGAACGCCCCCACGCAUAAGCACGGAGCCGACUCGCGCGGCGCCGCCGCUUGUCAGAGGCCAAAAGCUUGGCAUAUUACCUAAAACGCCAGCCGCGGCGCGAGCGAGAUGAUCAAGGGCGUCAUCAUCGUCAACAAUUUAGGCGUGGUCCGCCUGGCCAAGUUCUACGAGCAGGUCCACGUGACGGGCGAGUCGGCGGAACAGGCGCAGCAGAGCGUCAUCAAAAAAAUCUACCGAGCGGUCAGCAAGCGCCAGGACAACCAGUGCAACUACCUGGAGGGGAGCAUUCCCGAGUGGGGCGGCGACACGAAACUUAUAUAUAGACACUACGCUACUCUCUAUUUCGUUUUCGCGUGUACGAAUCGAGAAAGCGACCUGGGCAUCCUGGACCUGAUUCAAGUUUUCGUGGAGGCCUUGGAUCGGUCCUUCGAGAACGUGUGUGAAUUGGAUCUCAUCUUCCACAGCGACAAGUGCCACUACGUGCUGGACGAGAUAAUUAUCGGGGGGCUGGUCUUAGAUACCUCCAUCACGAACAUCAUGGGCGGCGCCGACGACCAGAACAAGCUCCACAAGUCGAGCCUGUCGCUGCUGACCUCGGGUCCCAAGCUGUGUGGAAAUCAAAAUUUGACGGCGUGCUCGUGCUGAAUCGUCGCGUCGUCCUCCACGCCAUCGACGCGACUCCUGCUCGACGGCGUGGCGGUGUGAAUUCCUCACCGCUCGACCGAGCCAGGACGGCCGCGUCAUCGCCGAGAAACGACUUAGUGAAGAAUUGUCGGGUGCACCCGACGCACUGGUUGAUUUCCACACAGGUCCCAAGAAGACGCAGAUCGGCGCGCGGCCGGGGACGCUCUCCUCGGGGUACCAGUAACU